CGCGCAGUAGCCUAUCGGAUCCGGCCCUUGCUACCAAAGCAUUGGACCGGGUUCGAAUCUGGCUGUAUAUUAUUCUGCUCAGCCCAAGAAAUACAAACGAGUUCCAAUCUCAAAAGUGUACCCCCUACCGUAGUCGCUCAUGACCAAAAACUAAAAAAUUUAAAGGAACAAAUUUUUUUACGAGUUAUUGAU